GCUACAUUGCUCUAAUUUACUUUUUGGAAUCCCUCCAUCCCGUUGGGAUGGGUCUAAAUACUCUUGUCUUGUUUGAGAUUGAAAUUCAUUUCUAAAAUACACCCUAUUACAAUCUUCUUUCUUCCCAAAUCUAUCUGUCUCCUCGCUCUUGGCUUCCUAUCAGUUGUAUCACUCAACCAUGGCGGCAACUGACGGCAAAGGAGAGUCAAACAGGCUUCAGCUCUACUCGUACUGGCGGAGUUCGUGCUCUUUCCGUAUUCGGAUUGCUCUCAACCUAAAAGGACUGGAUUACGAGUAUAAAGCUGUUAGCUUGAUCACCGGCGAACAAUUCAGCCCUGAUUUUUUGAAGCUCAAUCCAAUGGGGUAUGUGCCGGUAUUGGUUGAUGGAGAUGUUGUUAUUUCAGAUUCUUUUGCAAUUUUGAUGUAUUUGGAGGAAAAGUAUCCCCAACAUCCCUUGUUGCCUAAGGAUCUGAAGUUAAAAGCUACACACUUUCAGGCUGCAAAUAUUGUUUCUGCAAACAUACAACCUCUACAAAAUUUAGCGAUUCUUAAAUAUAUUGAAGACAAGUUUGGACCUGAUGAGAAAGCCCCAUGGUGUUUGUCUCAUAUACAGCGAGGCUUUAACGCGCUGGAGAAGCUAUUGAAAAAUUAUGCUGGGACGUAUGCCACGGGUGAUGAAAUUUAUCUGGCUGAUCUAUUUCUAGUGCCCCAAAUCCAUGCAGUUGUCAACAGAUUCAAUAUGGAUAUGAGUGAAUUCUCUCUUCUAUCUCGUUUAUAUGAAGCAUACAAAGAGGUGCCUGCUGUUCAAAAUGCUAUGCCAGAGAAACAGCCUGAUGCACCCGCAGAAGCAAGAGGUUGAGGGUCACCAGAGGCAUUUGUUGAUAUUAAUUUGUGGAAGCAGGUAUAUGCUCUUGUUCAGAUAAUUCUGGUGGGUGACCUUUCUUGAAGGUUUGUACCUUUAGCUUUUAGCAUACUUAUCUGCUCAAGUGGUGUAAGAAAGAUUACCUUGAUGUGGUACCAGAUGCUGCCCUUUCUUGUUGUCCUAUACUGGAUUUGCACCCCUUCUAAGAAAUGUGUGAUUUGUGGCUUUUACGAUGUACUACCUCUGUCCGAGUGUCUUCAUCUAGUUUGACUUUUCAAGUCAAAUUAGAAGAACUUUGGACCUUAAUUAAAUAAAACACACGGUGUAUAUUAAUCUUAAAAUGAUUUAACUAGAUUUAUCUUGUAGAGAACUUUUAAAAUUUUAUUUCAUUGUAUUGAUAUGCAAUGCAAAUUGAGAGAUAUUGAUGAUUACACCUCAUCCAAUGUGGCUCGUAAAAGUCAAAUUUGAUGAAUAUAUUGGGGCGAAGUAAAUUUGACUAAAAUUG